AUGAGUAUAAAUGUACCUGAAAAAACAAUCCUAGCAACAUAUAGAGAAUACUAUUCAAUAACAAGAGAUUUAUUGAAAUUAAUUUAUGACAAGAAUAAUUUAAAAAAUUCAAAGAUAUUAUUAGAGUUGGAAAAUGAAAGACCAGAUUAUAAAGAGUUGUGCAAUCUAAAAAAAAUAUAUAACGAUAUACCUAUUAUCGCUUUAACUGCAACUGCAACUCUUAAAGUCAAACUUGAUGUCAUGAAACUUUUAGAAAUUCAACAUUGUAAAGUUUUACAACAAGGAUUUAACCGAAAGAAUCUUUAUUAUAAAGUUUGUCCCAAAGAUAGUAGUAAUAAGGCGUUGGAAAAUCUUGUAAAACUCGUUCAAAGUCAUGGAGGUGGAUCGGGUAUUAUUUAUUGCACAGUUAAACUCAAAUGUGAAAACGUUGCAAAAUACCUGCAACAAUCAAGAAUCUCUGCCAAGUAUUACCAUUCAGGGUUAGACAAGGCAGAUAGAAUAAAUGUGCAAAAUGAAUGGCAAUCUGGCAAGCUGCAGGUUGUCGUUGCGACCACUGCCUUCGGAAUGGGAAUCGACAAACCCAAUGUAAGGUUUGUGAUUCAUUACUUGCUACCACAAUCUCUAGAAGGGUAUUACCAAGAGACUGGCAGAGCUGGCAGAGAUGGUAAACCUGCUCAAUGUGUUCUAUUUUAUACAUUUAAAGAAUACAUAUUGAUAAAAAAGAUGAUAAACGGCGGAGAUGGAACUGAAAUGCAAAAACAACAACAGCUCUUAAAUUUAUUUUCAAUGAUGAAGUAUUGUGAAAAUAAUAUCGAUUGUAGAAGGCAGCAAUUGUUAGGUUAUUUUGCAGAAAACUUCAAUCCAGCAGAAUGCUAA